GUAUUAAACAUGACGGAAAAAAGUAAAGACCCCAGAUCGUUCGAUCUAAAGCAGUAUUCAUUCCCGACAGAACAGAUUCCUAGAUUAAGCAUUAACGAUCCAGAAGCAGAUAGAAGAAUUUCCAAAGCGCUUCCUGUGGUGUUAACUGAUACUAAUCUGGUGACCUCUGCUUUACACUGGGACUUGGACUACCUAUCAAAAAACAUUGGUGAUGGAGAAUUUGUUGUGCACAUCUCAAAAAACAAAAAUUUCCAAUAUUGUGAUGAUAAAAAAUCUGUUAAUGUUAAAGAUUUUAGAAUGCCAACUGAAAAACAAGAUAUGAAAUUUUCAGAAUUCGUGGAAAAACUGCAUAGUGCCAAACCAGGAGAGGACAGACUAUACCUUCAACAGAUCUUACAUGAUACAGUGGGAAAAAGAGUCAUCAGUGAUUUCCUUGGCUUCAAUUGGCAUUGGGUGACCAGGCAACAAAAAACUAAUAAUUUUGGAGAAAUGACGUCCAAUCUUCUUUUGAUUGGAAUGGAAGGAAAUGUCACACCAGGACAUUAUGAUGAACAAGAAAAUUUUUUUUCACAAGUUCGAGGCUACAAAAGAUUUGUUCUCUUCCCACCAUCUCAGUUUGCCUGCAUGUAUCCAUACCCUAUAUAUCAUCCAUGUGACCGACAAAGUCAGGUUGACUUUGACAAUCCAGACUUCACACAAUUUCCAAAAUUCAAAGAAGCUUGUGGUAUGGAAGCUGUGGUUGGGCCAGGAGAUGUCUUAUAUAUUCCCAUGUACUGGUGGCACCAUGUUCAGUCUCUACCAUCACAUGGCUACACCAUCUCUGUCACAUUUUGGUACAAGGCAGGACAAGCGGAGAAGAUUGAGUAUCCAUUGAAGCCCCAACAGAAGGUGGCUAUGAUGAGAAAUAUAGAGAAGAUGAUACACCAAGCAUUAAACAAUCCUUCAGAGAUGCCAGAGUUCAUGAGCAGUAUGACAUUAGGUCGAUACACCUGAGCUGUCACACUUGUACUUCACUAACUUCUGUGAUCGUAUUUCAUCUUCUGUAAGGAAUGAAAGUUGCCAGGCAAUCACUCUGGAUUACAGCAUUACUUACCGAUAUUUGCUGCUAGACACAAGAAAAUUUGUGUUUUUUUCUACUGCCUUUGUUGUUAUAGAGUAGCAGUUGUAGGGAGGAUUUUGUUUUCAUUAACCAUUGUGUCAAGCGUGUCAUGUUUGAUAUUUGAUCAAAAGUUGAAGCGAAAUUUAACUGAUAGACACACUUUUUUGAAAACCUACAUAAUUGUAUUGGAUUUAGAGUGUCCCUCCAUUUGUCAUUGGAUGGAAGACCGUUAAUCACCAUACUGCCCAUUUUCUACACCAAUUCGAAGAAACAUGGCAUACAUGCUAGUUUUGUGCUUAUCAUAUAAUCUUUAUUUCAAUGCCUUAAUUUGUGUUAUGUUUUGUCCAUCUUCCCUGAUAUCAUUGAAACUGAUUGUACAAAUGAACACUACCUGAUGCCAAUGUAUGCAGUUGUUUAUUUUUUUAUUUUAAUUAUUCAUUAGGAGUGAUGUCUCUUUUUGUUUUCCUGUUUAUUAAUUUUGUCAGCAUACUUUUACUUGCAUUACAAGUUUGUAACCUUCCAUAUAUAUAUAUAUAUAAGUGGUUUUAUGUUUUGCUUAUUAUUUUCCAUUUUCCUCACUAUGUAUAUGAGGCCAGAGUUAGUUAAUCUCUGGUUACAGUUCCUGUUAUAUAGCUGUGUUCACAGUUGUAUAUGAGGCCAGAGUUAGUUAAUCUCUUGUUACAGUUCCUGUAAUAUAGCUGUGUUCACAGUUGUAUAUGAGGCCAGAGUUAGUUAAUCUCUGGUUACAGUUCCUGUUAUAUAGCUGUGUUCACAGUUGUAAAUGAGGCCAGAGUUAGUUAAUCUCUGGUUACAGUUCCUGUUAUAUAGCCGUGCUCACAGUUGUAUAUGAGGCCAGAGUUAGUUAAUCUCUUGUUACAGUUCCUGUUAUAUAGCCGUGCUCACAGUUGUAUAUGAGGCCAGAGUUAGUUAAUCUCUGGUUACAGUUCCUGUUAUAUAGCCGUGCUCACAGUUGUAUAUGAGGCCAGAGUUAGUUAAUCUCUGGUUACAGUUCCUGUUAUAUAGCCGUGCUCACAGUUGUAUAUGAGGCCAGAGUUAGUUAAUCUCUUGUUACAGUUCCUGUUAUAUAGCUGUGUUCACAGUUGUAUAUGAGGCCAGAGUUAGUUAAUCUCUGGUUACAGUUCCUGUUAUAUAGCUGUGUUCACAGUUGUAUAUGAGGCCAGAGUUAGUUAAUCUCUGGUUACAGUUCCUGUAAUAUAGCUGUGUUCACAGUUGUAUAUGAGGCCAGAGUUAGUUAAUCUCUGGUUACAGUUCCUGUUAUAUAGCUGUGUUCACAGUUGUAUAUGAGGCCAGAGUUAGUUAAUCUCUUGUUACAGUUCCUGUUAUAUAGCUGUGUUCACAGUUGUAUAUGAGGCCAGAGUUAGUUAAUCUCUGGUUACAGUUCCUGUUAUAUAGCCGUGCUCACAGUUGUAUAUGAGGCCAGAGUUAGUUAAUCUCUGGUUACAGUUCCUGUUAUAUAGCUGUGUUCACAGUUGUAUAUGAGGCCAGAGUUAGUUAAUCUCUGGUUACAGUUCCUGUUAUAUAGCUGUGUUCACAGUUGUAUAUGAGGCCAGAGUUAGUUAAUCUCUUGUUACAGUUCCUGUUAUAUAGCUGUGUUCACAGUUGUAUAUGAGGCCAGAGUUAGUUAAUCUCUGGUUACAGUUCCUGUUAUAUAGCCGUGCUCACAGUGGUAAAGAUCUGCAGUACCAGGUUUGUUAGAUAUGCUGCAUCAAUGAUAAAAGUGAUGAAGUUUACAUUCUUGUUUUCUUUGUUAUAUUUUAAUAAGUACAAUGUACUACUAUACAUGCUAUGUGUUUUAACUUCUACAUGUAUGUUAAGAUUUACUAGGUGAAGUAAAAAGAACAAAAGACA